AUGGCGCGCACGGCUACGGUAAGUCCGGGUGGCUGCCCGUGGGCCACCUCGAACUCGGCCGGUGGCCGGGCGGUGCUGCCGCGCUCGUGGCGGCGCCGCCCGGCCUUCGGCCACCCCGGUCUCGCCGGGCCGUGCGCGUCGUGCCCCCGUUUCCGCGCUAACCCGCCAUUGCACAAGGGCGGUCCCCAACGGUUCCCUCGCCGUCCGCGGCGAGGCGCCGGUGUCCCUGUCGGUCACUUGGGCGUGGGCGGCGCGCGGCGCGCCCCCAUCGCCUGGGACAUGGCGCGCACGGGUCAUGGCAAGUCCGGGUGGCUGCCCGUGGGCUACCUCGAACUCGGCCGGUGGCCGGGCGGUGCUGCCGCGCUCGUGGCGGCGCCGCCCGCCUUCGGCCACCCCGGUCUCGCCGGGCCGUGCGCGUCGUGCCCCCGUUUCCGCGCUAACCCGCCAUUGCACAAGGGCGGUCCCCAACGGUUCCCUCGCCGUCCGCGGCGAGGCGCCGGUGUCCCUGUCGGUCACUUGGGCGUGGGCGGGCGCGCGGCGCGCCCCAUCGCCUGGGACAUGGCGCGCACGGUCAUGGCAAGUCCGGGUGGCUGCCCGUGGGCCACCCGAACUCGGCCGGUGGCCGGGCGGUGCUGCCGCGCUCGUGGCGGCGCCGCCCGGCCUUCGGCCACCCCGGUCUCGCUGGGCCGUGCGCGCCGUGCCCCCGCUUCCGCGCUAACCCGCCAUUGCACAAGGGCGGUCCCCAACGGUUCCCUCGCCGUCCGCGGGCGAGGCGCCGGUGUCCCUGUCGGUCACUUGGGCGUGGGCGGGCGCGGCGCGCCCCAUCGCCUGGGACAUGGCGCGCACGGCUAUGGCAAGUCCGGGUGGCUGCCCGUGGGCCACCUCGAACUCGGCCGGUGGCCGGGCGGUGCCGCCGCGCUCGUGGCGGCGCCGCCCGGCCUUCGCCACCCCGGUCCCGCUGGGCCGUGCGCGUCGUGCCCCCGCUUUCCGCGCUAA